CAGUGUCAAACAUUUAUUUUGUGGACACUGUACAGGUCGUUUUGAGCGUCGUCCUUGUAAGCGAGUUUUGUUGUUUUUGUCCGAACGCUUUUAUCACGACCCAGUCCGCCCUGCCCUUCCAUCAACGCGCAGUUGCUGUAAGUCGCCCGUUGCGUAAUUAAUGUGUGUGAGAGACACUGACUGGGUAGUUUUUAGUAUAAGUAGCUAGCUAGCUAGCUAGCUGGCAUCGAGGGAAGGGAGAGAAAGUUAUUGUAGUGUUGAGCUGAAUAAGUGCCUUUUAAAGUGUGUAGUGGGAUAUAAUAUUUGCGGUUCGAAUGGCGUUAGUGCUGACAGCGUUCAGGAGAAUAGCUCACGCCGGGUUACGUGACUAUACGCGCAGGAUUGCGGUAAAUUGUGGGGCUCCUCGAUGGACCGGUCACAGGGGUUUCGUCACCGGGGCGCAGCCACUGAGGUCAAGUGACAAGGUGACGGUCCAUUUCGUCAAUAGAGAUGGCCAGAAGAUAACAGUCGAAGGGUCUCCAGGGGACUCUCUGCUCGACGUCGUCAUUAACGAAGACCUCGACUUUGACGGCUUUGGAGCAUGCGAGGGAACGCUGGCAUGCUCCACCUGCCAUCUGAUCUUCGAUGAGGACGUCUAUAAGAAGCUUGGGCCAGUCACAGACGAGGAGAUGGACAUGUUGGACUUGGCAUACGGCCUCACUGAUACAUCGCGUCUGGGUUGCCAGAUCUGUCUGAGCAGGUCCCUGGAAGGCAUGGUGGCCCGCGUCCCAGAGAGUGUAGCCGACAUUAGACAGAGUAAAGACGGUGCUUCUUAGCGUGACGUCGUGUAGUGUACUGACAUACAAGGGCCAUGGUAGGUUUGUGACUGACAUGAAAAUAUGUUUUUAUUCUAAUGCCAUCAUAUAUAUACUAAUGAUUUGAUGCCAACUUUAAUGUAACCAUAUGAUUGUGAAUAGCUAGAGCACAUUGAUAUGCAAUCUAUAUAAGGUUUUGUAUAAAGACAAAAAUAAAGUCCUAAAAGGUUUUUCUCUUCUUCAACACA